AUGAAUAACAAAUUUUCUUUUUAUUUUGAAACGGCGGAAGCAGCAGAGGCCAGAACCCACACCGACGGGAACCAAAAAUAUCUCGUGGCCGACUAUACCAAAUCUAAUUUUCAGGUCUGGGACAAUUCCCUAAUUCGUUUACUUAUCCCCGAUGAUGACUCGCUGCUGGCUAAUCAUGUUAAAAAUAACCCGGAUGCUAAUGAUGUUUUUGUCGUCUCUCUUUCGAACUUAAAGUAUCAACCAGAUUUUCGAAAGAUAGGCAGCCUAAAUUUUAAUGGUUUAGUAGUAAAAGAUACUAGUCAAGUAAAAAAAAUAGUCGGAACUGAGCGGCCGCAGGCAGAAAUUACUUUUCAAGUCAUUAGCCAGCAGCAAAAAACCCCAGGGGAAGACCCUGCUCCGGGAAAUUAUAACCACGAAUUAGUAGUUAAGCCUUUUUCUCUUGGCAUAGAGGGGAUACCGGAAAUUUCCCGAAUUAUUUUUAAGUUUACCCCUCUUAUCCCAGGACAGGAAGAAGGCGAAAAAGGAAUAAUAAAAACCGAGUUAUAUAAUAGCAAAUUAUUAGCCGAAAGUGCCGGUAAAACUUUUGAUAUAAGUAGUCUCCGAGAAAAAACCAGUUCGGAUAACCAACCACCAAAACCUGGCCAGAAUGAUAAUCCUCCAUCUCCCAACCCACCAAAAAAUAGUGACAAUUCUCCUCCUUCUGGUGGAAAUAAGAA